AUGUCGCCGUUUCUAUUUUUCCUCCUUCUUAUUGGUAUGACAUCGAAUAGUGAUGCAAUUACUCAAAAGAUGGUAGUGGUUUGGGGGCAGCCAGAAAGUCUCUCCAGAUGUGUGCCACAUGCUGACUUGAUUUGGAACUUGUGUAUGGAAAUCUGUUUCAAAACAGAGAGUUGUGUGAUGACUUUCCUCGAUAAUACUGAGACAUGUUACACUUGUGCAUUCAAUGAAAGUAUGUCGAGUGUCCAACAAACCAGGAAAGAGGAUAAGAUGAAGGUGGCGUUUAAAGUGGGUGAAAACUUGGUAGACAAGUGCCCAGCAGGAGAGAACCCACCAACGUUUGAUGGCGUUAUGGCGGAGGGCGACGCUUCCACAACAACUGAUGAUGGCAAGAUUCAAAACUACACCAUAUCCUACACUGGAACUGGAUGGGAGUUUUCAGUUUUCUCUAUGAAAAGAUGUACAAGUGGAUAUGCCUUCUAUAGAAGACCAAACAUCGAUUGGUGUAUUGCGGUGGGCUACACAAGCUACGCCAAUACUUCGUACUCUCGAACCUCAAAUGUUUGUCAGCAGUACGGUACUGAAUUGAGUGGUGUGGCCAGUGCUGAUGAGGUGGAAGGGCUAGUUUAUCAACUUAAUGCUCUUAGAGAACGGCUAAAUGUGACCAGCUUCAACGUGUUUGCAGAUGCUCAAAGAACCACGGAAUGCCAGGAAACGCCUACAACUGAGAAAUGUAUGAGUAUAGAUGGAUUCAAAACUGUGGAUAAAAGUGUUCAGAACCUGGAUGCCUAUCAUUUUAUGACAGAUGCAUCUGCUGGAGCGACAAUUGGAAAACAGUGUAUGGUGAUGCUAGGAAAUGUUCGGAACGAUGGGAAAGUGGAUUUUGUGGAAUGCGAAUCCGACUUUCCUUUUCCAAUUUGGGGAGCGAUAUGUGGUCACGAAGCUUUUUCAUAA